AUGAAUUCCGAAGAUGAUUAUAGUGAAAACGAUGUCGAAGAUGAUGAAGAAUAUGAUGAUGAAGAAAUAACAAGUGAAGAUGCCGAAGAUGAAACAUCACUACAAAUGGGUACUUCAAAGAGUGGACGAGAAUCAAAUUCUGAUUCAGACAAGCAAAAAGCUGAAGCAUUAAAGAAACAAAUUGCUCUUUGGGAUUCGUUUCUCGAACUACGUAUUAAACUUCAACGUGCAACAAUAGCAUGUAAUUGCUUACCAACAACAACCAUUCCAGACGAUGACGUCGACGAGGAAGAUAAUGAGUUACGUGAGGCAAUUGACGAAAAUGCGACACUAUUCCGAAAAACGCUUGCUCUACUCUUAGCAAUCAGUCAUCGGCGUUCGAAUAAGCGAACGCGCGACGAGGUAGCCGAUGAUGUUGAAGAUGCUGCGAACGAAGAGCAGAAUGACAAAGCAGAUACAACCAAGAUUUUUAAAACAUUAUCUAAACGGCUGAAAAGUAGUGAAGCAAUUGAUGAGGAACUUAAACAAACUUAUGAGCAAUUCACGACAGAACGUGAUGCUUCUAUACAAAAAUGGUUUGAACGUACUCGUACGUUUUCGAAACAGAGUAAAACAACUACUAUUGAACAAUCACCACUAGUACAAAUCAAAGAAAUCAUGUCUUUACCGGAUCGUCUUAUCAAACGUACCCAAACUAGUCGUUUAGAUUAUGACUUUAUUUGUCCACCUUCGUCACCAAGCGAUCCUUCUGAAACAUCAACAGAUUUGGCAGCUAAACUCAAUCUUGAACUUUUUGAUGAUAGUGAUUUUUAUCAUCAGCUAUUACGUGAAUAUAUCGAGCGUAAGACAGCAUCAAUAACGGAUCCCGAACAAAUAAGCAAACAUUGGGCACAAUUAAGAAAAUUGCGAACGAAAUUAAAGAAAAACGUUGAUACAAAAGCAAGUAAAGAUCGUAAGAUCCGUUACAAUGUUCAUAAGAAAUUAGUCAAUUAUAUGGCACCAAUUGAUCGAUGUUCUCUUACAGACCAAGCAAAAUCCGAUCUAUUCUCAUCAUUGUUUGGUGCUCAUCAAUUAACACCAGUUGAUGUUCAGCAUACAGCGUCUGUGAAUGAUAUCCGUAUCAUUUAA